UAAACAAAUGCUGUAGAAAUGAUUCCUAAGGAAUAUAGUCUGUACCCCACCAAAAAAAGGAAUAUAGUCUCUCUCUUUUUUGUAGAACUGUAAGGAAUAUAGUCUUCUCCCUGGGAAUUUAGAACCGAAAGAGGCCUUAAAAUCUGUAAAAAAUUGCUGAUGACGUGGUGGCCCAAAGCCGAACGUGCUUGGCCCAAAGCAGAGGCGAUCGAUCCCACCAUGGCACCAUUUCCUCUUCGAUUGUCUCAAAAAAAAACCAUUUCGUCUUCGAUCCGGACCAACUCCGUCGCCGUCGCCGUUGGGCGUCGGAAUCCAUGGUGGGAUGGCGCGAGGAAUUGACGCCGAGCAGCAGCACACGAUGGCGGAGCAGGUGAAGGAGUAUCAGGCGCGAUCCAGGCACGCCUGGGCCGCCGCAUCCUUCUUCUCCUCCACCUCCACCUCCACCUCCACCUCCACGGCCGGCUCCUCGUGGGUUGAGGUGUUACUCAUGAUAUGGAAACUUGCUUUGUAUGCUCUACUAGUGUUUGCGUGUAUUGCCUUUUAUUUCAAGUUUAUAGGAAUAGCUUUAUCAUUUACAUGUAUCUCUGCACUUCUUUAUUUGUGCAUGAGAUUAACCAAGGAAGAAAGGAAGCACAAGAAAAGUAAGCAAAGAAUGCUUCUUCCAUUGUCAAUGUAAAAUAUGUCUGUAAAUUUCGCUGUAAUUUACAUGUAAAGUGCUCUCAGUUUAAUACUAAUGUAUUUACACUCUCGACGUCUUUCAUAUA